AUGGAAAGUGGACCAGCAUCAAUGAGCUCAUCAUCAUCAUAUCUAUAUCAAGAGCAACAGCAACAACAACCUCAACAAACUGAAUCAAUACCACAAACACCAAAUUAUAUAUUAAAAUAUACAUUAAAGGGUCAUUUAAAAUCAAUAUCAUCAGUUAAAUUCUCGCCCGAUGGUAAAUGGUUAGCAAGUGCAUCUGCAGAUAAAACUAUAAAAAUUUGGGGAGCAUAUGAUGGUAAAUUUGAAAGAACUUUAGAAGGUCAUAAAGAAGGUAUAUCAGAUAUAGCAUGGUCACAAGAUUCAAAAUUAAUUUGUUCAGCUUCUGAUGAUAAAACUAUUAAAAUUUGGGAUGUAGAAUCAGGAAAAAUGGUAAAAACCUUAAAAGGUCAUAAAGAAUAUGUAUUUGGAGUUUCAUUUAAUCCACAAUCAAAUUUAAUAGUAAGUGGAUCAUUUGAUGAAAAUGUAAGAAUAUGGGAUGUAAAUACAGGUGAAUGUACAAAAAUGAUUUCAGCUCAUUCAGACCCAGUAACUGGUGUUCAUUUUAAUAGAGAUGGUACUUUAGUAGUAUCUGGUAGUUAUGAUGGAACUGUGAGAAUAUGGGAUACAACAACAGGUCAAUUAUUAAAUACGAUUUCAACAGAGGAUGGUAAAGAAGUAUCAUUUGUAAAGUUUUCACCUAAUGGUAAAUUUGUAUUAGCAGGUACAUUAGAUAAUACUUUAAGAUUAUGGUCAUAUAAUAAUAAUAAGAAAUGUUUAAAGACAUAUACUGGUCACAAGAAUGAAAAGUAUUGUAUAUUCUCAACAUUUUCAGUAACAUGUGGUAAAUGGAUAGUUACAGGUUCAGAAGAUAAUUUAAUUUAUAUUUAUAAUUUACAAACAAGAGAAAUCGUUCAAACAUUAGCUGGUCAUGAAGAUGUAGUUUUAACUGUUGCAUGUCAUCCAACUGAAAAUAUUAUUGCUUCUGGUGCCUUAGAAAAGGAUAGAUCUGUUAAAAUUUGGAAACAUAUGUAA